ACAAACACACCCUGUUUGUGUGAUCUGUUUCUGGCUGAACAUUCAGCCUCGCUGUUAUCCCAGUCUGACAGCCCCAGGAGGGUCAGUCCUGAACUCUGAGGGGGACUCUGAGCAGAUCUGACAAUAGUUUUGUGCAGCUUUAUAGAAAUAACUUCCCUGGGUGUCUCUGACAUGUGAGCACUGAACCUGGUGAUUUGGUGGCCCCCUGCUGUUGGGGCCACACGCUGAUCUGAUGGUUUACAGAUGACGAUGAAGGGAAGGUGAAAGUCAGCUAUAUUCCACUUCUUCUACAAUGACUACGGCGAUUCUGGAAUGUAUCAGCACGUUAUCCAUUAGUGCCCAACAGUUACGUCGCUUGCCCAAGCUUGUAGAAGGUAGCCUGUUGAAGAUGCCUUCUACAGUUAAAGACUCGGAUGUCCCUAACCUCUUCAGAGAACCUUACAUUCAGACUGGCUACAGACCAACGGACCAACACUGGAAAUACUAUUUUCUAAGCCUUUUCCAAAAACACAAUGAAUCUGUGAAUGUCUGGACUCACCUGCUGGUGGCUUUGGCUGUUCUUCUGAGGUUCAAAGCCUUUGUGGAGAGCGAGGCUUUCUCUUGGGAAACUUUAUCCAUGCCUUUAGUUCUAUAUGUGAUAGCAUCAUUGACCUAUCUCACAUGUAGUAUCCUCGCUCAUCUGCUGCAGUCCAAAUCUGAGUUGGCUCAUUACACCUUUUACUUUAUGGACUACGUUGGAGUUAGCGUUUACCAGUAUGGGAGUUCCUUGGCCCACUACUACUACAGUUCCGACCAAGAUUGGUAUGAGAAAGCCUGGCCUUUCUUCUUGCCAGGAGCUGCCUUCCUAGGUUGGAUGUCCUGCAUAGGUUGCUGCUACGCUAAAUACCGCUACAAUCGGCCAUAUCCAGUUAUGAGGAAGAUCUGCCAGGUUGUCCCAUCUGGCUUGGCAUAUAUCUUGGACAUCAGCCCAGUAGUUCACCGGAUUGCAGCUUGCAAUACAGAAGACUGCUUAGAUAGAGCUAUUUGGUUCCACAGUCUACAGAUCGUCUUCUUUGUCAUUGGUGCCUACUUUUUCUCUUGCCCAGUUCCAGAAAAGUUUUUCCCAGGUGGCUGUGACAUCAUAGGACAUGGCCAUCAAAUUUUCCACGUUUUCCUCGGCCUGUGCACACUUUCACAGCUGGAGGCUAUUCUCCUAGACUACAGAGCCAGGCAUGAACAGUUCACCGCGCGGUACAGUCCAGAACUAACCCAAGUGUCUUGUCUCUCGUUCUUCCUGCUCAUCCUCUGCACCGGCAUGACUGCAAUUUAUCUACGGCAUAGAGUCAAACAGAAACUGGAAGAAAAAGACUUGUAA